AUGAGACCUAUUCCUACCAAUCAAACGAAAUUAGGUCUACGUCUGACAACUCUACUGUUCAUAUUCGGUCUAUGGCCAAAUACAUCGCUGAAGAGGACAUAUAAGGUUUACUCAUAUGUUCUUCAUUUUUUAACGUCCUUUCUAAUGGCCCUAACAAUGUUGGUGAAGUUAGUUAACAAUAUCAAUAACGUGGAAGCGGUCAUGGAAUUGUUGUAUCCAAUGCUGAUGGUAAUCGCAUACCUGUUGAAAUUGCUGAACUAUUACACAUUCGGAGAGAAUAUUGUGAACUCUUCCAACAAACUCUUAAACUUACAAUUGAAUAAUAAUCGAUCAGAUGGCAAAAUUUACCAUUCUCGCCUGAGCUCGUUAACGAAACUUAUCUCAUUCCUCUAUUGCGUCAGUAAUUUUGCAUGGGGUGUAGCCUGCUCAAAAACUUUCCUGGGAGCAAGUAUUGACUUACCUGUAUCCAGCGAGUAUCCUUUAAAUUGGAGAGAGAACAAAUUAUAUUUCUGGAUUGUCUACUUACAUCAGUCGUUCAGCGGAUUCAUUCUAGUCAAUAGCCACAUUGGUAUGGAUUGCUUUGCAUAUUAUUUGAUGGGCAUGACUGCAGCACAUUUUGAGAUAUUGCAAUCGCAUAUUCAACUCAUAGGAAGUGGUAUUGACGAAGGGAACCGAAAUGACUUGAAGGAAUUGGAAUUCUCUAGUCUGUCGAUCAAAUUGUGCAUCGACGAACACCAACAAAUAUUGAGACUGGUUCGUAACAUUGAAAAGUACUUUUCGAUACAAUUUGUUUCACAGAUAUUUCUUAGUGGAGUCAUUCUAAGCGGUGGAACCUUUCAACUGACGAUAAUAACUCCGUCCGAGAAUCUGUUCCAAUUCACUUUCAUUGUUACAUUUAUGUUGACGGUAACAACUCAAACAUUGUUUUAUACUUACUUUGGAGAUGGUAUCGAAACUACGAGCAAUCUAGUGUCGAACGCAAUCUAUUCGUGCAAUUGGUACGUUUUACCAGCAUCAAUUCGCAAGGACCUUAUUAUUGCUAUGGAGCGAGUAAAGCGAUAUUCUUCCAUCACAGCCGGAAAGUUGCUCUCGUUGAAUUUGGCUCUUUUUUCAGAUAUCAUCACGUUAGCCUAUCGUUUAUACACACUUCUUAAAGGAGCAUUUUAG